GAGAGAGGGAGAGCCUGAGCGUGCUGCCUCUCUCACGCUUCAACAGGUCUUCAGUGGAACAUUUUCAGCUCAGCACAGCCGCCGGAGGUAGAGCCAGGGACAGCUGGGGGAGACCGUCAUGGCUGUGGACAGAGAGGGACGGAGGGGCACCGUACAAGCGUCGCAAAACUGACAUGGCCGUCAAAAGCAAAGUGACCGGGCUUCACGGUUCUUUUUCGGUCGGUUGAUUAAUUCGGUUCCUCUCCGCUUGUACAUGUUGUUACUUCACAACAUGCACCCCAGAGCCAAGUCCCGGAGCUGUGACAACUACCUGAGCAUAAAGGACUCUGAAUCCUUGGACAGCUGUAUUCAGAGCACCCUGUCAGCCCUGUACCCUCCCUUCAGUGCCACCGCUGCCACCGUCCUGUGGCAGCUGUUCAGCGUGGUGGAGCGGCAGUACCGGGGCGACGGCCUCCGCUGCCUCAUCGACUUCCUGCUGCCCGCCAAGAGGAUCCUCCAGGGCAUCCAGCGAGAGACAUGCGUGAGGUUUAAAGGCCUGCUGUUGUACCACGAGGGCUGGCCGUUGUGCAUUCAUGAGAAGGUGGUGCUCCAGCUCGCCCCGCUGCACAAGGUGCGACUGAAGCAGGGCGACUUCUACCUGCAGGUGGUUCCUCUGGGCCGCAAAUCCGCUAAGCUGGUGAUAAAAUGCCUGUCGGGCAGCGGGCAGGCCAUCGCCGAGGUCCCAGUGGAGGAGAGCAUGUACGGCAGCGUCUUCACGGCUGACUUCCUGCAGAAUGUGACGCGCGACCGCAACCUGCACCCUCUGCAAAACUGCCUGCUGACCACCGGGACGGUCGUGUACCGCACGCCCUGGAAGAAUAUCGUCAACCCCCUGCUCAUCACCAGCACCGCGGACGCCAUCAUGCAGGCGCGCCGGGGCGGAGCCUUCCGGGGCCAGCUGGCCACCUGCAGCACCAGCGGCUCCACGGGAACGCUGGACAGCCACCGCAGCUCCCGCGAGUCGCUCCACUCGCAGGGCGCCGACUCCGCCGCGUCCGAGCCCCCCGCGCACAGGGGGGCGGAGCCGGGCCCCAUGCAGCACUCCCCGUCACCUGCAGGGGGCCUCCUGACCCCGAGCAGGGACUCGCUCAGCGCAGAGACGGGCUCCCCGUCCUCGCCCGCCGUGACGGACGACGGGGGAGGGGAUAGAGACGGGAUGGGAGUCGGGUCCAGGACCCUCUCCUUCAGCACCGAUCUGAGCAACCCGGGCCCCCGCAGGCGCCACCCUCGCGACUCGGCCGCCUUCGAGGCCCGCAGACUCUUCCGGAAGUCCUACAUGGAGGCGCUGCAGAACCCCAUGAAUCUGGGCUCCAGUUCUGAGUCCAUACUGGAGGAGGGGACGGAGCCAGGCACAGGUCCUGCCACACCCCGGGCAGACUGCGCAUCACCCACGGGCAGUGCCUCGGACGCCCGCACCCCCAGGAGGGACCUCCUGUCCAGGAGGAUGGGCAGCAAGGUGUUGCCGGGCGGCGAGGAAUCUCGACCAAACGUUCCCUUUCUCCCGCUGCAGCGGGGACACAAGAGCCCUGAGCCCAGCAGGCCAGAGAGGCGUUCCAAAUCCCUGGAGCGGACAAAUAAGACUGCGCAGGUCAAAGGUCACAGGGCCCGCUCUUCCUCGGGGGGCUCUACCAGCGGGUCACCCAAGAAGAGCCUGAAUGGGUAUUCCCUCAGGUUUGGGAAGCUGGAGGUAGAGGCAGGAUUACCAAGCACUGACAGGAGGAACGUCUUGAAAGAAGACUCAGGGCUACACGACAAUGGAAAUGUCGCAGAUCACAGGCGGAACAGCCAAGGCGGAGAGGAAGCGCCGUCCCCAAAGCCCACCAAUGGGUCCCCUAAGCUUCAGCCUGCUGCGUCUGCAGCGCCACCUGCUGACAGCACCCUGCAACUGCCCAGGCUGGCAUCUGAGGUGAAGCAGGAUCUGCUGGAGUCUGGUGCCUUUACCCUGCCAGGUAACAGAGACCGCAGCGGGAGGGCGGUGCUGCAGGUGUGUACCCGGAGUCACGUGUGGACAGGAGAGAGCUGCACGGCCAAAGAGCUCACCGCUCUGCUUAGCUACUACUACACCACGCUCCGAAAAGACAAACAGGAACAGGGUCUAACAGUCCUUGUGGAUGCACGCAAACAGCAACCCAGCCCUGCACUCUUCACAUCCUUGUCAGAAAUCCAGCUUUUGCUACCAAAUGCACUUUACUCUGUUCUAAUGCUUGUGGACAAGGAUACAGCCUCCAAGCCUGAGAGAGACUUCACAAUACAGUGUGAGCUCCUGCCCUCUCUCAAGGCCCUGCUGAAGCACAUUGAUUCCUCUCAGCUGACCCGGGAUCUGGAGGGAAGCUUCCACUAUGACCACAGUCACUGGGUCCAGUUCAGACAGAAAAUCGAACCCUUCGCCCACAGCUGCAGCAUGGCAGUCACCUCUCUCCAAAACUCCAUCGCCACCCUGACAUCCAGGAGAAACCUGGAAACCACCAAGGAAGUGUCAGAGGUGAUUGAACAGCAGAGGCGAUUAAUGAAGAACGUGCUGGAUGACACGCAACUUAUCCGCCUCAGACUGGAGGGUGGUACUGUGCUGGCUCGUAUCAGGAAGGAGGAACCCAACGAGAAUGAGAACUACAGGGAUGCAGUCGAUAUGGUGAGCUCACUGUACAACCAGGUUGAUGAGGAAGUUCACAAACUGGUUAUCCUGUCCAACAAGUCCCUGAAACAGCUGGAGAACCUCCUAGAAGUCCGCAGGUUUGAGGAGGGAUGUGCCCAGAUAAAGCUGUGGUUCAGUGUUGAGGGAGAGAAGCACCUCUCUCCUCUAGACUCCCUCAGUCUCUCAUUCAGCAUGCUCAGACAGAUGAGGGAGAGCCUGAGCCAGUGCCUGGAGGAGGCUCUGCAACACCAGAAACAGGGUCUUUGCCUGAUCGAGGAAGCCAAGGCCGUCCCAAACUCCUCUGUUUUGGACUUCAAACAGUACCUUACCUCUGUCCUAGGACGCAUAGAGAGGCGCAAAAGUGAGCUGGACAUCCUGCUCAACUUGUACGAGUUCUAUGAUUCGGCGGACCAGUGGGCGGAGCACUGCCAGGACUAUCUGAGGCAGCUGAACUUGGACAGCAGUGCGGGUGCCAGCAUCCCUCGGACGGUGCUACAGGUCCUGCUGGACUACCAGUGCGAGGCCACCAAGUUUUCCCCCAAGAACUUCAGCACCCUCAACGAGAUGGUCCUGAACCUGGGCAGCAGCCGCGAGCUGGAGCAGUGGAACACCCUCUGGCACCGGUGCCAGCAGACCCGCCGGCAGCUGGACGAGGCCCUGAACCGGGCCAAGGUGGCGCCGCCAUCGCCAGUGGACUCGAAGACCCCCGAGCCGCCUGCGAGCGCGCAGGGCCAGGCUGCAGGGCAGUCGGCCGGGGAGGGCUGCGUCCUCCCCCCCGCGCGGGCUGCCCCGGACACCAGGCCCUCGUCGGCGUUUGAGUACGACGACCCCAAGUCUCACUCGGCCGGGCCCUUCACUAAGACCCACCCCUCGCUCUCUUCCUCCUCCUCCUCCUCGCUCUUCCCCUUUCCCCCCGAGGGCGACAAACUGAGCCAGUGCCCCUCCCUGUACGAGGACACGGACAGCGACUGCACCAUCGACUCCUCCGCCUCCUGCCAGUCGGAGCCGGUGUACUCCCCGGCCACCCGGCACCGCAAGCAGCCGCUGAAAAAGAUCAUGAAGAAAACCAUGAGCUACGACCUGUCCACACGGGACGGCGGCCACGCCCAUGAGCUCGCCCUCCACGGGUACACGGGCGUCUACAUCAAGGGCCUGGAGGUGACCAACAACGUCAGCCUCGAGAAGAAGCUGCAGCGGCCCGAUGGGAAUAGCCCCGCACUGGGCCGCAGUCGGAGCAUGUCCUCGCCUCCCAGAGUGCACUGCAGGCAUUCAGAGGGAGACCCCAAGAAGCAGAGCAGCAAAGUUAAGCACAUCAUGGAAGAGAUGAUUGCCACAGAGAGGGAGUACGUGCGAUCGCUCGGUUACAUCAUUGAGAACUACUUCCCAGAGAUGGAGCGCCUGGACCUGCCGCAGGACCUGCGGGGCAAGCGCAGCAUCAUCUUUGGCAAUGUGGAGAAGCUCUACGACUUCCACAGCCACUACUUCCUGAAGGAGUUGGAAAGCUCCGCCCAUUCACCCCUGUCAAUCAGCAGCUGUUUCCUGCGACACGAGGACCAGUUUGGGAUGUACGCACUCUACAGCAAAAACAAGCCCCAGUCUGACAACCUUCUGGCUAGCCAUGGCAAUGACUUCUUCAAGAACAAGCAGGUGGAGCUGGGUGACAAGAUGGACUUGGCCUCAUACCUGCUGAAGCCCAUCCAGCGCAUGAGCAAAUACGCUCUGCUGCUGAAGGACCUGAUAAAAGAGUGUGGGCACACCCACGAGCAGGAGCUCAGCGACCUGCGCACUGCCGAGGAGAUGGUCAAGUUCCAGCUGCGCCACGGCAACGACCUGCUGGCCAUGGACGCCAUCCGCGGCUGUGACGUGAACCUGAAGGAGCAGGGACAGCUCAGGUGUCAGGAUGAAUUCAUUGUCUGGUGUGGCCGGAGGAAAUACCUCCGUCAUGUCUUCCUGUUCGAAGACCUCAUCCUCUUCAGCAAGACCAAAAAGAUUGAUGGGGGAUACGACAUCUACAUCUACAAGCAGUCCUACAAGACAGCAGAGAUUGGGAUGACAGAGAAUGUUGGUGACAGCGGACUACGGUUUGAGAUCUGGUUCCGACGCAGAAAGUCCCAAGACACCUUCAUUCUGCAAGCCAGCUCUGGGGAGGUGAAGGCAGCCUGGACCAGCAUUAUCGGCAAGAUCCUGUGGAGGCAGGCCCUGAGGAACCGAGAGUUGCGCAUGCAGGAGAUGGUUUCCAUGGGGAUUGGCAACAAACCGUUCAUGGAUAUCAAACCCAGUGAUGCUGCCAUCAGUGACCGGGCCAUCGAUUACAUCAUGAAAGGGUCAGAGUCCAGAACUCGGGCAUCCAUUGCGGUGUCCUCCUUCGAUCACUCCACCCCUUUCAAGAGGCCCCACUCCACCAUCUCCAACAGUAGCACCUCCUCCUCCAGUAGCCAGUCCUCCUCCUCUCUCCUGGGUUCCCUCAACUUGCACCUGUACCCAUCUCCAACCCACCCACUGACGGGCUGCCCCUCCUUUGGACACUGGCCCUAUGACUGUAUAGAAGAGGAUGAGCUGGAGCAGGACAACAGCAGUCAGCCGUCCAUGAUCACUGAAGGCUCAGAGACAUCUUCUCAGUGUACCUCUAGUGACAGCAUGACAGGCCUCAAUGGCCUCACAAUUCCCUCCACCAUCGCCAUGGAAACCUUCUCCAAUGAUGGCGCCCCCUUUUUGUGUGCUUCCUCCUCUUCUUCGUCGCCCCCGCAAGUCACUUCUCCGGCCCCAUUCCAGAAGGAGCAGGACCUCCAGCCGCAGAACAACAAGUUCAUCACAGCAAACAAGACAUCUCAUAUAACAUUAGGCCUCUCAACAGUGGUCUGACAAAGGGUUUAGCUCUCUGUGAGUCUACUGGUUCAAGUCUACACUGGAUUGGAAGUGACAUCGGACUCUAUGGUCAUCAACACUAGAGCCAACUGUGCUUCUGAGUUAACCUGAAGAGACGCUAUGUGAGCCAGAUCAGUGUGGAUGAACCUUUUGAGGAACACUAAUCUUUGACACUAUAUCUGAGACUGAAAACCCAUACGUUUUGUCUUUGCAUUUUAUAAUGUUUUGUAAAUUUUUUAAAAAUUCUAUGCAGUACUAAAAAAAGCAAUGCAGAUGCUGGUACGUAAUAAAAUGUAUAUUGGUUUAGUUCACUAGAUCUGUAUCACUGUUUAUAUUGUAGAUUAGUUAAUUACUUUUUUCUUUCAAAAGGAAAAACAAAUUACAAAUAGCAUGGAGUAAUGAGAUCUUUGUAAUUUGUUUAGCAGGCAAGCCUUACAGUUGUAUUCAGUGAAAGACAAGCAUCUUUCUUUGUAAUUUCAUAUUUUUAACACUAGCAAGUGAAUUGCUUGAUUGUACAGAUUAUUAAACAUAAUUACAAUAAAAGAACACUGAUUAUUGCUUCGG